AUGAUACAUGCGACUUUAGAGAAUAUUUUCGUGGAGUACAAAUUCACUAUUAUAGUGGUCGUUGCAAUUUUGGUAAUUUUGCUAUUUUUAUAUCUUGCCGCCCUUUGUAUGCAUAAAAAGGGCCAAAACUUCAUUAUAUUUUCACUGGCAUUGAUAUUCGUGGAUUUUACUUUUGAUUGUUUGUUUUUCUUGAAUAACGCGAAAGAUGUAAAAUCGCUUUAUUUACCAAGUCUUCUUGUGCUAGCGAUACCAGCAAUGAUCAAUUUCGCAUCGGCGUUAUAUAUAAUGGUAUAUGAAAGGAUAAAUAACCCAAGGUUUCAAAAUUGGCUUUAUGAUCAUUCAACAUUUGCUGCUAUAAUAACGGUUUGCUCUUCGGCAAAUAUCCAAGCAAUAAGAUUAAUCUACUCCGAACUCUUCAACUGUGAGAUAUUCAAAGCUGGGAUUUCUAUUAAAUCAAAUAAAUGGAUUAUGUGGAUUAGCGUAUUAGAUGCAAUAAUUGAGGAUAUCCCUCAUUUUGUUAUUCAGUUGUUGUACCACAAAUCUCAAUCCUACUAUUCUGUGAUACCAUUUUUCACGUUGGUCUCUAGUGUAAUAUCAUUGCUGGUUGCCAUACUGGGUAGAUUUUAUGAUGCCUUGAAUGCCUCUGAAUUUUAA